AUGGUUAUGUCUGAAAUGUGUAGCAUCGGAAAAGAAAUUCCGAAUGUCCGAGUCUGUGAUGAUGAUCUCGUUUGGAAAAAUUAUUAUUUUAAAAAAUUAAAUGAAUGGAAGAGCAAUGUUGAAAAGGAACAUGCCGAACGUGUUCAAUGGUAUUCGAAUGAAAAAGAAAGAAAUUAUUAUUUAAAUACCUAUUUUAAUAUUAAAUUGGAUUUAACAAAAUUGGAACAAGUGACCACAAAUUUCAAACAAGAAUUAAUUCAUAUCAUGAAAUGUGCUCAUGAACAAGCCGAUCAACAAUUACACUCUCGAAAGAAAUGGAUCGAUUCCAUUUCAUUAAAUGUCAACAACCAAGAACUUAAAGAGUCGCCAUUUCGAUUUUUCACAUUGAAUGAAAUUGAAAACAUAUUGACUACGUUCAACACUGUAAAAAAAGUCGUAGUCAUUGGUUCGAAACAAGUUGGAAAAACGAGUUUACUAAUAACAGCAACUAGUGGAGAAUUCCCACAUGAAUAUAUUCCACCAAUUUUUGAUAAUUAUUCUCCAGGUGUUAUCCAUUGGCAAGAUUAUCCACAAUUUAGUUUUUGGGACACUAGAGACGGUGAAGAUUAUGCACGAUUGAGACCUCUCAGUUAUGAGCAUUGUGAUUUAUUUUUAUUAUGUUUCAGUUGUGUCGAUAUUCAUUCUUUUCAUGAAACAGUUGAACCAUUCAUUCCAGAAAUUAGAAAAUUCAUCAGUGUCACACAAACACUCGACUUGGAACCAGUUCCAUUGAUAUUGGUAGCCACUAAAACAGACGCUCGUGAUACAAAUUCCAUACUUCGAAAGAAUCUAUUGUUGCAUCAUCAUGAGUAUCCCAUUAGUAUGGAGGAAGGAAUGUCACUUGCUAAAAAACUUGGAUGUCUUACAUAUAUUGAAACGAGUGCGAUUGAGAAAGGAAAUCUUUCAAAUUUUACAACCUUACUUGGAAAGUGUUUGUCCAUUCCCAUCACACAGAGAUUAAGGAAUCAGGUCGACAACUCGAAUCGUUCUCCUCGAAAAUGUGACAUUCAAUAA